AUGUCUGUUCCAUAUCCAGUUUGUUUUUGGUUGUAUCUCAUUUUUCUUAUUCCAUCUGUUCUAUGUUCUCUCUUCUGUCUUUAUCAUUUUCUUGUCGAUCGAAUACUUCGAAAUGCUCUACAUAAUCAUUUUAUUAUUCUCAUUCUCGCCUUUGGCACUUUUCUCAAUCUGACGGACUUAAUUUGGUUCAUCGAUUUCUACCGAACUGGCCAUGUUUCAGUAUUCACACGUGUAUUUUGCUUUACGUGGACAUAUAUUGAUUAUGCUGUAUAUGUAGUCAUUACCCUACUUGUAGCUUGGGGUGCAAUUGAACGACAUAUUCUCGUCUUUCAUCACAAUCUGCUUCGAACACGAAAAGCACGUUUCUUUCUACACUAUUUACCGAUAUUCAUGGUUACAAUUUACCCUUUUGUGUAUUACAUCAUCAUUUAUUUUAUUCUACCUUGUGAACCUAUUCUGGACUAUACGCAAAUAGAUUGUGGAGUUGCAACAUGUGCAGGCAAUAUUGGCGCACUUAGUGUGUGGGAUAGUCUUGCACAUAAUGUCGUGCCAAUAUGUAUGAUUGCUAUCUUUAGUCUAGCACUUUUGGCAAGGGUUUGGUACAGUAAGUAUCGUGUUAGCCAAAGAAUGCAAUGGAAAAACUAUCGGAAAAUGACUAUUCAAUUGGUAUCGAUCACUGGUAUAUAUCUGAUUAUUGUAUUUCCAUCAAUGGUUUUGUACACUAUGGAUACAGUUGGAGUGCUAGAUCCAUCUGCCUAUGAUUUUUAUAACAUAAGUUAUUACUGCUCGUAUUUCACAACUCUACUCAACCCCUUUGUGUGUGUUAUUGCAUUACCUGAACUUCGUAGUAAACUGCAACGGGUGUUUCAGGUUUGUUCAUUACGAAGAUGUGUUCGUAGUAAUCGAGUAUCACCAAUAGAUCAUCGGACAGUUGCGAUAGUUAAUACUGCCGAAUGA